UGUUUCUCUACAUUUUCCUGUGAGUUCGUGGUAGCUGCUUGUGGCAUCAUGGCAGACUUACAGAUGAAGAUCCUUAGAAAGAAAAUACAGAAAAAGAAUGACAUAACUAAAAAGAGAGGGCUGCUUAAGAAACUUAAAGAGGCUGAAAAUGAGGAGCUGGUAUCUAACGAUGAGUUUAAGGCAGAUGUGACCGAAGAAACAUUGACUGAGUCGGAGGCUAAAUCGGCCACACAACAGGAUGAUUCUCCAACGAGUGAAGAGUCUGCCCCAACUUUGGGAAAGAAGAGGAAAGUUGCUGGCUCUGUUGACUCUGGUGGGUCGAAGAAAAAGAAAAAGAAGAAUGUGAAGAAAGCUGUUGGUGACUGUUGCUCGCAUGAGGGUGAAGAGUCGGAACAAGCAGAUCUUGAGGAUAGCGAACAGACCGCAGACGAUGAAGUCGAGGCGGACAGUAAGACGGAAGAAGAAGAAGAUGGAAAAGGUGAAGAUGAAACUUCGCCCGACCUCCCGUUGGGUUUAACGGGGGCAUACGAGGACCGCUCUUUUGCAUCCCUGGCAGAUGUAGUGAGCGAGGCCACGAUGAAAGGAGUGAAGGAGAUGGGCUUCGAAAACAUGACGGCCAUUCAACAUAGGAGCAUCCGACCACUGCUCGAAGGAAGAGACGUAUUGGCUGCUGCUAAAACAGGUAGUGGUAAAACGUUAGCCUUCCUCAUCCCUGCCAUUGAACUCAUUUAUAAGCUUAAGUUUAUGCCCAGAAAUGGAACUGGGGUCGUCAUCUUGUCCCCCACACGAGAAUUGGCCAUGCAGACUUAUGGUGUGUUAAAGGAGUUGAUUACCCAUCACGUGCAUACGUUUGGCCUUAUUAUGGGUGGCAGUAACCGAGCAGCAGAAGCUCAGAGGCUCGCAAAUGGUGUCAACAUAGUAGUGGCUACUCCUGGCCGACUGCUGGACCAUCUGCUAAACACACCCGCUUUCAUGUACAAAAACCUUCAGUGUCUGAUUAUUGACGAGGCAGAUAGGAUAUUGGAGGUAGGGUUUGAGGACGAGCUGAAGCAGAUCAUCAAGCUGCUGCCAAAGAAACGUCAGUCGAUGCUGUUCUCAGCCACACAGACACGCAAGGUGGAGGAUUUGGCCCGAAUCUCUCUGAAGAAGGAGCCGCUCUACGUCGGUGUGGAUGACAACGAAGAAUCAGCCACCGUGGAUGGACUGGAACAAGGCUACGUAGUGUGUCCUUCCGAGAAAAGAUUCCUCCUGCUUUUUACCUUCCUGAAGAAAAAUCGCAGUAAGAAAAUCAUGGUGUUCUUUUCGUCCUGCAUGUCCGUCAAGUUUCACUAUGAGCUCCUAAACUACAUCGACCUGCCAGUAAUGGCCAUUCACGGCAAACAGAAGCAGACCAAGCGUACAGCCACCUUUUUCCAAUUCUGCAACGCAGAGAAAGGCAUUCUUCUCUGCACGGAUGUGGCCGCCAGAGGCUUGGACAUCCCAGAGGUCGACUGGAUUGUCCAGUACGACCCACCUGAUGAUCCCAAGGAGUACAUCCACCGCGUUGGUAGAACCGCCCGUGGAAUCGACGGCCGUGGCCAUGCUCUCCUGAUCCUCCGCCCCGAGGAGCUGGGCUUCCUGCGGUUCCUCAAGCAAGCCAAGGUUCCCUUGAGCGAGUUCGAGUUCUCCUGGACCAAGAUCUCUGACAUUCAGUCACAGCUGGAGAAACUGAUUGAGAAGAACUACUACCUCCACAAGUCUGCUCAGGAGGCCUACAAGUCCUACGUCAGGGCGUAUGACUCCCACUCUCUCAAACAGAUCUACAGUGUUGACACGCUCAACCUACCAAUGGUGGCCCUGUCGUUUGGCUUCACAGUACCACCCUAUGUGGACCUGGGUGUCCACAGCAGUAAGGGUAUGAAGCUACAGAAGAGAGGUGGUGGAGGUGGCUUCGGCUUUCAGAAGUCCAAGAAUGUCCAGAAGGCUAAGAUCUUCAAGCAUGUUAACAAGAGAGGCAAGGGAGAUUCAAGGCAAUUCUCCCGCUGAUGAAACUUUGUUAAAUAUUCUAAAAGUUUAACAUUCAAAUCUCUUUUAUAUUCAGUGUUGUUGAUAACAUUGUGUGUUCACGAUCUUGUUGAAUGGCUGCAUGGUCACGUGAAGAGAGCUGGGUGCAGUCAAUGAACGGAACUUUCAACAACAUUUUAGGACUGAUUUCAGUUCAGUUCAGUUUCAUAUUUGUCUCUGUUUGAAGAGUAGCUGAUUUACUCUGUAUAUCUUCCCCCUUUUUGUGUCAUUUACAUUAUGAACUCUGUCAAUUUUCUCUCCCAAAUAUGGUAAUAAACCUCUAAAAUGG